AUGAACCCUGUCAAUGGGGUAGCCGAAUCUCUACGUCGUGUCGAAGAAGAGGUGGAGCAGCGACAGAGUGUUCUACGUCUCAUCAACCUACCCGACAAGACGUCCGAGGAAGACUACACCGACAAAGCCCGGCUCCUGAAUGGACUUCAUGCCGUCGAACAACUUGGCCUAAUCGGAAGCGAGAUGCUAGAGAACUUUUCCAUCGAUCAGUUUGGCAGAAUCCAAGUUCACACCCCUGGCUCGUCGUGCAAAAGCUUCGCGAGAGAGUUCACACAUGUCAAGGAUACAAGAAGUGCCCGGUCGACCUUGUUAUCGCUUUUGAUUGAGCUCCUCGACGAUACCAAGAAGAUUUUGGGUGUAGGACGUCCCAAAUAUCCCAAGUAUUUUCCGUGGUUCACGUUCUUCUGGAAUGUCCAGGACCUUAAAGAAUCCAAGCAUCCCAUCCCGGAGCCCGUGUUGGAAGGUGCCUCGACAAUUUGUGACAGUUUCUGCAACGAAAUACGAAAAAUGCAAUUGCUCGCACAGAAGACGUUGGUUGACAUGCAAUUGUCAGAUAUCGGGAGUGUUAGGAUUAGGGACGUUUGCCAUGCCUUUGAAUUAGGCGAUAAUGAUUGGCGAACCAUAGCGGCUCAUCUUGCAAAAGAAGACCGAUUUGCUCUGAAGAAAUUUGUUGAGGAGAGAGUUCAGCCAUCGGGGAAGCUUGAGGAGUUUCUUCGGACUGUUUGCCGCGUCCGUAAAGCUCUCGAAGACAAUCGUGGAUUGUAUCUAUCUGGCUUCAUUCCCGAGGAAUCAUGA